AUGGCGGCGCCAGACUAUCGCUAUUUGCAGGCGUGGAAGCGUCCGUCGGCAUCCAAGUCGGCAUCCAGCUCUGGACGUGGAUACGAGGGCUCGAGCUCGUACGAAGUCAUCCUCCCCACCACGGAUGGCGACACCGCCACGCCGGCGUCUGAACCUGUACAGCCUCCAAAGAAGGGCAAGGAGAAGCCACAGCAGUCGGCUUACCAGGUCAGACUCGAUACACCGGGUGGCAUCUCGUACGCGCCGGACGCGCUCGCUCAGCACAACUCGACCAAGCGGCUGUUUAUCCCAGCCACCCUGCACGAUCGCGAUGCCAAGGAGUACGACUUUGCACACGAGAUCAGAUCGCGCGAUGCCAAGGAUUCCAAGUCUACGACAGCAGCGCCAGUCGAGCUCGACGAACAGGGCCGCACGGCUGCACAGGCAUACAAGGAGAGCGUCGAGCAAGACGCCCCAAGCACUGUUUCACGCAAUAAUGAGGACGGAGACAGCGUCAAGCCGUUUGACAUCCCUACAUCUUCAGAGGAAUCCGGAAGCAAUGAUAAGAAGCAAUCGCAGGAGGGGGCCCAGCUGUCCAAGGACGACGCUGCUUCCAUUCUGACUACUGCCACUACUCGCUCCGUGCAGUCCAAGAUGACUACCCUCACACUCGCGGCGGAACGCACAGAGACUCUGCCGAAGAACGUCACUGCGAAUGCCAUCGCUGCACCAUUCCGACCGCCUCCUUCGGUGAGCGGCGAUGCAGCGCACGCUCGCACACCCUGGGCGGCCACAGGUACCUGGACCACGCACCGCGCUCUCGACCGGCUCACAGACAAGGAGAAGAAGCUGGGCAUCACGCAGUUCGAAGAAGCGUCCGAGGGGCGCGUGCCGUCUUCGUACGAAGCGAGUCUCUUUCCCUCGGCCGACACCGCAUCGGAUGCAGCAACAAUUCGGACGCUACGUGCCGGGGAGCUCCGUGUCGAGGACCUGUUUGUUCCGGAUCCGCGUCCGUGGCGUCCGCUGCGGUACGUGCGCAAGGUCGAUCCGCGCCAGAUGCUCGUCCUAUGCGCUGGCGCCGCGCUGACGCAGGGGCAGAUAGCAGCGAUCCAGCUCGGCAGCGAUUCGAGCUCGGUGCUCACCACGGAUCUCGGCGGACGGUCGUCGGAUGCAGCGUCCGUAUACAGCGCGGUGCCGACCAACUUCUCUGUGGAGGCAACGCGCAAGGCUAUGUUCGCGUCGGGCAAGCUACCGGACUACAAGGCGUUGGAAGCGCAGCUCAAGUCCAACGCCAUCUCGGCUGCUGUUCCUGGCGAGGCCGAGGAGAAGCGCGCCGGGCUUGGGUUUGUGUAUUGCCCGACGCACGAUUCGCGCGCACGUCAGCCGGCCUACCGGCGCACUCCCGAGGUCGUGGUAGAGCAGAACUUCUCGCGCCGUCUCGAACGUCCUCCCGAACUGUGUCACUCGACGGUACGCCGUGCGGGGUUGCGUGCAGCGCUUGCUGCCCUCGAGUUCCACCGCUGGGAAUCCGAGGGAUUCGACAAGAUCGUCAUUGCCACGCAUCACGGCUGGCUGGUGGACGGCAUCAGCCGAUGGAUCUGGGAGUGGCGCCACAACAGCUGGCGCAUCAUGGCCGAGUCGCCGCUCGGCAUGAUCGGAGAACAGGUGCCUGACAGAGACCUCUGGGAGCUGCUCGACAGGGCGGUGAGGGCGUACGAAGAGAUCGACUGCACCGUGCGCUUCUGGAAGAUCUCCAAGGAUCAGAAUGCGCAGGCCGUCCAGCUCGCCUCCGAAGGCGCGUGCAAGGACAACCAGCAACCUCAAACCGUCAGGUGGACCAAGAAGAAGGUCCAGCCCAGUAUAUAG